AAAUCACUUUUGGAGACUUCAACAACUGCAUAGUUAAAGAGUAAAGAGAAAUGUCGUCCCUUGAGGUCCAGCGCCACAACCAGACAGUACUUGAAAGCUUGGAACCAGGCGAUCAGGUGGAAUUCAUUCGAGGAGUGUACUCGCACUGGGCAGUAUACGUUGGUGACAAUGAAGUCGUGCACUUGUCUGGAGACGAUGGUGCAAGGGGAAGUGAUAUGGGUCACACAUUCACAAUAAGUGGAGUAGAGUUUGGCAAAGCAACUGUUCGCAGAGAUAAUUUCUGGGAUGUUGUUGGUGACAGCGAGGUGCACAAAAACAACUCAAAGGACGAGAAACUGGAACACUUCAAACCAUCUGAGAUAGUAAGAAGAGCACUGUCCAAAAUUGGAGAGGUUGGGUACAACUUGAUCUUUAAGAACUGUGAACACUUUGCCUCAUGGUGCCGGUACAACAAAGAGCAAAGUGAUCAGGCUGAUGAUUUGCUCACUGGCCUAGCUGUGGGAGGGGCCCUUGUGGCGGCAUUUGGAAUUGCUGCCUGGCUCGAAAGUGGUCAAAAGAAAGACAGAGAAAAACGAUCAGAGUAUUGAUAUGUUUAAUAUCCACAAAGACGUUGUUAUGAGUGAAACAGAACAUACCAAUUGGCAAAACUGUAGAAUGUUGUGGCGAAUGCGCCAUUUUUGCUCAUAUAUAGGUAGCGACCUGCAGCGUGCUACAUCAUUCGUGACCAACUCCAACCAUUCCGAGUCUCGAUUUAGUUUUGGCUAUAAACACAUGAACUGCGUGAAACAGGAACGAUAACUCUUAUUUUAUAGUAGUGAUAUGUAGGCGCUACAACAGUUUCUAAAUAUAUAUGAAGAAUAUUGUGUGACUAUUGUAAUAUCCAAACGCGAUUGGAAAUCCGAGUUAGACAUUGUAAGACCUAAUUGUAAGAGGCGACUUUGUGGAUCGGGUGGUCAGGCUCGGUGACUUAGUUGAUUGCGUGUCAGUGUACCCCGAUAGUGUGGAACGUUGCUAACAAUAUUAAUUAUCUGCUUUGUCUACAAAAAUCUCAAAUAUUUUCAGGUCGCCGUUAUAUAUGUUGAACAACAAAGAAAUGUUAUAUUAAGUUUGUUGAAAUGUAAUGUGUAAAAAAACAAACGCUUACAAUCUUAUCAACGAAUGCAAGGAAUGUAACCUUUGUGUUAACCAUAGUAUUUGACCCUGCUUCGCGAUGUUGCAGCUGAUAAAGCUGAUAGCUUAUUGCACAGUGGGACCCGGCACAGUGGGACCCGGCACAGUGGCGUUAAACAACAAACCAAAAAAAAUAUAAACAAUUGCACAAUGGUUAUUUGCACGUACAAGAAAUUAUAUCAGAUAAAGGGUAAAGUAAUUUCUGAAGCCACGAUUGUUACUUUAAAUGAUUGUUGAUCAUACUGACCACCAAAUUAACACAGUGUUUGAACAAUCGAUAGAUGUAUAUAAUAUAGGUUUUGUAAGGAUUAUUCUGGGCUUGUGGAUACACUAGUUACUUCUUUUCGGCAGGUCAGCUUUAAUAAUUGUAUUCAAUGUACAUUCCAUUUUAUUACCGAAUUGGCGCAAUAUCCAUGUGACGUCAUGUAUUUUUUUAUUAUUUUAUGCAACAGAUAUUUAUUUCUUCGAGGCCAUUCUCUUUAUUUAAAAUGACACUUGCAGCCUGCUUCAAGAUAUUUUAUGAUAUACCUUUAUUUAUUUUUUUGGGUUAUUUUUUGUGAAUUUUCAAUUUUAUUGUAGAAAACACAAACAGGUCACGAUCGUUUCUCUGACUGAACUCAGGUUGAGGUAUAGUGAGUGAGUGAGUUGAGUUUAACGCCACUUUUAACUGUAUUCCAGUUAUAUCGCGGCGUGUCAGCUUUCAUGUGGGAUGAAAGCCCGAAGUGAUGCAGGUCUCGGACGUUUACCACUUCGGUGAAACCCACGAGCACGGGUAUGGUGCUGACAAACCUAGAAACAUAAUCAGGUUGAGGUAUAGAUAUCAUGGCACACGAAAAGGUGUAUGAAAUGUGAAAACAAUGUGAUGGUCAUAAUUGUCAUAAUUGUACCUGACUGAAAGUUAUGAGAUUUUUUUGUCGUUGCCUACUUGUCCGUCGUAUAUAUAUUAUCCUCAUAAUCCACUGGACGAUAAAUUUGGGUAUAAUAAGAAUGGCAAACUAUGUGACAUACAUGCGUCCAGCUACUGUCGGUGAGAUUAAUACUCCAGACACUCCAGGCGUGACAGAUAUAACUCAGUCUAGCACAGAAAGGGUUAAUCAGGAUAACGGUAACAAACUGCGUCCAAGGGUAAAACAGGACAGGAGAUAGGGAUGUGGCCAGGGACCGUCAGAUUGCAGUGACAACCAGAAUGAACAAUCAUUAUUAUUCUGGAAUGAAAACGGGUUAUUGUCAAAGAUAGCGAACAGUGACUUUUUAUUUAUAAGUUUGAUGUUGUGGGACUGUAUGAAACAUGGACUAGAAACUUUGAUCUCUCUCUGUUUUUUAGUGUGUAUGUACAUUUUACUGUUGAUGCUGUUAGAACAGCGACACACGGCAGGCUCUUAAGUGGUAUUUCCCUGUUAGUUAGAGAACCAAUUAUCCAUUAUGUGAAAAAAAUUCUCCAAAUUGUGUAUCUGUGUUACCUGAUAAACAUUUUCGUAACAUAAAAAAGGAUGCACUUUAAGGAUCUGUCUAUAUAAAUCCGGAAAAUUCAUCAUUGUAUAAAAACAGUGAUUCAUUGUGGAAUGUUAGGAGAUUGUAUAUACCUCCCAAAUACUACUUAAAAUGUUAAAAAUCUUGCAACGUUUGUAUAUAAAUCAAUGCAGCAAAGACAAUCAUUUGGGUGAACAAUCAAUGCACCAAUGUAUAUAUGCUGUCACUCUCUCAAGCAAUGAUGUAACUGUAGAAUUGGCCUAUGACCUCCACUAUUUCAUGAAUAAAGAUUGAUUGAUUGAC